CCGACUUGACGCAGCUCGGAGCGCAGCAGCGAGAGGGAAAGACGGGCUGAGUUGACAGUGUGACAGAUUGACACAGGGACUCGUUGGGAUAAUCUGUGGCCGGUUGGUCGAGUGUUUGAGUGAACGGCGGCGGAUUUAAGGCUGUUUAAACCCGCAGACCAGCGUCCGGAGCCACGCAGUUUUUUUUUUUAAUUUAAAGGGAACGGAAAGGACGCUGCUUCAGACCCUUCAGUGAUCGCUACAAGAUGGGGCUGAACUGAGCCGAGCGCUGACAGCACAAAUCUCAGCUGAUCUAGAAUCAGACACCAACUGCUAGCUCAGCCGACUCAGGGGGAGAUGGAGAACUGACGGCUGAAGACCGGCAGGCGACAGAAGGCAGCUCCUCCCUCCCCGUCCGCCAGCAGCCAUGGCAGGGCUCAAACGUCACCACGAUGGGAAGAUCGCUGGGCUGUACGACCUGGACAAGACGCUGGGCCGCGGACACUUUGCCGUGGUCAAACUGGCCCGCCACGUGUUCACUGGGGAAAAGGUCGCUGUAAAGGUGAUUGACAAGACCAAGCUGGACCCGGUGGCCCGAGGUCACCUUUUCCAGGAGGUACGAUGCAUGAAGAUGGUGCAGCACCCCAACGUGGUGCGACUCUACGAGGUCAUCGACACGGCCACCAAGCUCUACCUCAUCCUGGAGCUGGGCGACGGAGGAGACAUGUACGACUGCAUCAUGAAGCAUGACGGAGGCCUCAGCGAAGAGGUGGCCAAGUGCUACUUUGCCCAGAUUGUCCACGCCAUCUCCUACUGUCACCGGCUACAUGUGGUGCACAGGGACCUGAAGCCGGAAAACGUGGUUUUCUUCGAGAAGCAGGGCGUCGUCAAGCUCACCGACUUCGGCUUCAGCAACCGGUUUCAGCCCGGGAAAAAACUGAACACCUCCUGCGGCUCGCUGGCCUACUCUGCUCCAGAGAUACCUGGGGACGAGUAUGACGCUCCUGCUGUGGAUAUCUGGAGUCUGGGGGUGAUCCUGUUCAUGCUGGUCUGCGGUCAGCCUCCCUUUCAGGAGGCUAACGACAGCGAGACGCUCACCAUGAUCAUGGACUGCAAAUACACAGUGCCUCCACACAUCUCCCAUGCAUGCAGAGAUCUUAUAGGCCACAUGCUGCAGAGGGACCCCAAGAAACGAGCGACCCUAGAGCAGAUCGAGGGCCACCAGUGGCUUCAAGGUGUGGACCCCUCCCCGGCCACCAAGCUGUCCACUCCUCUGGUGUCCCAUCGCAGCUUGUCGGAGGAGGAACACGGCUCCAUCAUUCAACGCAUGGUGCUGGGGGGCAUCGCAGACAGAGACGCCAUAACUGAGGCUCUGGAGUCCAACCAGUACAACCACAUUACAGCUACCUACUUUCUGCUGGCUGAGAGGAUGCUGAGGGAGAGACAAGAGAAGGAGCAGCACAGCCAGACGCGAUCUCCCAGCCCCAGCAAGGCCCAGUUCAGGCAGUCUUGGCCCACCAGAGUGGAUGUUCACCAAGAUGUCAGUGAUGGGUUGGGAGGUCCAGCUAUGUCCCACCCCGGGGGGCCCCAGUCCCCUGCUCGAAGUGCUGAGAGUCUCCACAAAGGCCCGAGGCCCAAAACCGCUCUGCUGGACAUCACCCAGCGGCAGGAGAACCACACUCCAGCAUCCGGCCAGCAGCAGCCUGGCAGACAGAACCAGGAGAGGCUCAGGUCUCUGCCAAAGCCCCUCUCCAACCCCCUCAGGCUAAGCUCUCUGGCCUCGGUGGGCCCUUGCAAACCUCGCAGCCCCAGUCUUUUCAGUGUGGAAGAGGAUGAGGAAGAGGAGGGGGGAGAAGACAAAUGCUUCUCCUCCUCCACACUGCCUGCUCAGGUGGUGCUUCGUUCCAAAACCUCCUCCUCAUCGUCAUCCACAUCUUCUUCCGGUAAUCGGCUGACAUCGCGUAUGAGUGCUCCCGUUCUCAACCAGAUCCACGAGGAGGAUAAAGAGGAGGAGGAAGAGGAGGAGAGGAGGGAGCUGUAUGGACUCGGUCCGCCCAAACCGAGCCUCAGCCUCAAUCUGAACUCUAGGAUACCAUCACCUUCAACGCUCAUUUCAUCACCCAAUACCGUCGGUGUAACAGCUCCGGUUGCCACUUUCACUCCGAGCUCAGAGACUAGUGAUGAUGACACAGAAAGUCACUUUAAACCAGAUACCGUAAUUGUAGAUGGACAAGGGGAGGAAAGAGAAGGGAGGAAAGAGGACAGAGAGAAAAGGGGGGCAGGACAGGGCAGUCCCUCCAACUGUGCCAGUCCUGGAUCAGGGUCAGGCCAAGGUAAAGGCACCGCCAAAGCUGCCAGCGGUCUGGUGGAGAGCCUAAAGCUGAUGAGCCUGUGUCUGAGCUCUCAGUUCCACAACCUGACAGGAGGAGGAGGCGGAGGUGGUGGUGGAGGCAGCGGCGGUGUUGGGGGGGAGUCCCAGGACCGCCCCAUGUGGAGGAUGUGCAUGGGAGGCUCCACCGGCAGCUUGGAUAAGGUCUCGCUCCUGGGUGGCCCUUCACCCAGAGGGAACCUUUACCAGCAGCCCCCGCUGGGAGACGCCCUGGCAGACCCGCUGCUGGAGGGGCCCUGCUCAGGCACCCUGAGGCUGGGAGAGCUGGACCUGGCCCGGGAAAACCACAGGAACAUGAAGAACCGUGUGCUGCAGAUGCCUCUGAGCGACAAAACUCUGUCGGUCAACAUUCACCGGAGCCCCAAAGAGGGUCUGCUGUGCACCCCCACCCCACACAGCUGCUGCCAGGUCAUUUAAAGCGGAGGCAGCAGCUCCAUCGGCUGCUGCUCCUUCACAAUCCUCCACUCACAUUCAUACAUCCCUUAUUAUCCUGCUUUCAUUUCGGUUAUGUCACCACUGGCUCAUGAAUUCAUUAUUUUUUCCCGUUUUUCUUUUGUUUAAUGCUUAACAGUGGAUAACUGGGAGAAGGCCAAAUGCCAAAAUUGCACAUUUAGAGACACAGAAAAUCUCCAUAGAGGAGAUUGGGUGCAAUGCCAAGUCUGUGAAGCACUUUCAGCAGAUCAAACAGAACACUGAGGGGACAUUUUAGCCUGCUGGUGUAUUUAAAUAAGAGACAUUCACAAUGGAAACGGAUACAGGCAGUGCUCACAACCCUGCUUUUACAGUUAUAUACAGUAUACUGUAUGUACACAAUUCUCACUCCUACAUCACUUUGAGAAGCUGAUAGAAGGGAAAGUUGAGUUUUUAAUAUCAUGUUACAUGUUGUGUUUUUUGUUGUACUUUGAUGCUGUUUUUAAUAUCAUAAUUUAUAAAUUAUUAUUUUUUAAAUAAUCAUUUUAUCUUUUUUUUUACAUUCCGACUGAAAGAGUUAAGUUGUGACUGUGUUUUCAUUGAAAUGAGGACAAAUACAGGGAGACAAAGGACAGCAGCACUGAAGGAUGAUGGUGGCACACAAUAUUUUAUAGUCUAUCACUGUUUUAUUUUUGUAUCUCGAACAUGCUCUGCAGAAAGAAAACGCACACUCACUUGUCAGGCCUCUGCAGCUGAACGGCAGAUUGUGUACAUAUGUGAAUAACCUAGCAGUACUCUGUACCCGUAGUAUUAAAGGUAAAGUUGUAUUGCAGUAGAAACCUGAAUACUAGAUCCUUAUCCACCAUUAUUCUUCAUUUCUACUGGAUAUGCAAGGCUUUGGCUAAACCCAGGGCUGGAAUGUCUUUAAUGGUUGAAAAAGAAUUAAAAUCUGACACACAAAACAACUAUUAAACAUAAAAUUAAAAAAAAAUCAAAUUGGCCCUAAGUUCAUGUUGACUGGAAGUAAAGUCGAGUGCUGGGUUGAACCCAAGCCGUGUAUAUCCAGUAUCUUUCCAGGAUCACAGUAGCCACUGUUGUAGCGUAUUCCAAGACAACAACAACAACAACAACAAGGGGUUUGAACAGAACAUAACAACACCGCCCCUUCAAGUGUUGGUCUGUGUAACUGGAUGUGUGACCCACCCCUAGUGGAAUAUAUAACUUGACAGUGCAUGUGUUUUGCUGUAGCAACCUUACUCCUAACCCACCGAGGUCAAGCCACCCGUUGUAUCUACCUACGUAAGAGAUUCAAAUGGUCACUUUACUGUAACCUCACAGCAAUACCAGCGACUGCAAAAUGUACAACAAUAAUGGAUGUGCCAUAAAAUCUGUCUUGAGCAUAUUGUACUGUAUGUAUAUGAUAGAGAUCUAUUAAAAUAAAACGAUGUGAAUGAA